AUGCUCUCUUUGGACGCCGCGAUGCUCUCCCCGGACGCCCCAGAGCGUCGCGAUGCUCUCCCCAGCCGCCCCGGAGCAUCGCGAUGCUCUCCCCGGACGCCCCAGAGCGUCGUGAUGCUCUCCCCGAACGCCCCAGAGCGUCGCAGUGCUCUCCCCCGGACGCCCCAGAGCGUCGCGAUGCUCCCCCCGGACGCCCCAGAGCAUUCCAAUGCUCUCCCCAGCCACCCCGGAGCAUCGCGAUGCUCUCCCCGUACGCCCCAGAGUGCGCGAUGCUCUCCCCGGACACCCCAGAGCAUCGCGAUGCUCUCCCCGGACGCCCCAGAGCGUCUCAAUGCUCUCCCCGGACGCCCCAGAGCGUCGCGAUGCUCUCCCCGGACACCCGAGAGCAUCGCGAUGCUCUCCCUUGCCGCCCUAGAGCGUCGUGAUGCUCUCCCCGGACGCCCUAGAGCGUCGCAAUGCUCUCCCCGGACGCCCCAGAGCGUCGCGAUGCUCUCCCCGGACGCCCCAGAGCGUCGCGAUGCUCUCCCCGGACGCCCCAGAGCGUCGCGAUGCUCUCCCCAGCCGCCCCGGAGCAUCGCGAUGCUCUCCCCGGACGCCCCAGAGCGCCGUGAUGCUCUCCCUGGACGCCCCAGAGCAUCGCGAUGCUCUCCCCGGACGCCCCAGAGCGUCGUGAUGCUCUCCCCGGACGCCCCAGAGCGUCGCGAUGCUCUCCCCUCCGCCCCAGAGCGUCGCGAUGCUCUCCCCCGGACGACCGAGAGCGUCGCGAUGCUCUUCCCGGACGCCCCAGAGCGUCGCGAUGCUAGCAUCGCGAUGCUCUCCCCGGACGCCCCAGAGCGUCGCGAUGCUCUCCCCAGCUGCCCCAGAGCGUCGCGAUGCUCUCCCCGAACGCCCCAGGGCGUCGCAAUGCUCUCCCCGGACGCCCCAGAGCGUCGCGAUGUCUCCCCGGACGCCCCAGAGCGUCGCAAUGCUGUCCCCGGACGCCCCAGAGCGUUGCGAUGCUCUCCCCGGACGCCCCAGAGCAUCCAAUGCUCUCCCCAGCCGCCCCGGAGCAUCGCGAUGCUCUCCCUGGACGCCCCAGAGCGUCGCGAUGCUCUCCCCGGACGCCCCAGAGCAUCGCGAUGCUCUCCCCGGACGCCCCAGAGCGUCGUGAUGCUCUCCCCGGACGCCCCAGAGCGUGGCGAUGCUCUCCCCGCCGCCCAGAGCGACGCGAUGCUCUCCUCUGACGCCCUAGAGCGUCACGAUGCUCUCCCCGGACGCCUCAGAGCGUCGCGAUGCUCUCCCCGGACGCCCCAGAGCGUCGCGAUGCUCUCCCCGGACGCCCCACAGCAGCGUCGCGAUGCUCUCCGCGGACGCCCCAGAGCAUCGCGAUGCUCUCCCCGGACGCUUCAGAGCGUCGGGAUGCUCUCCCCGGACGCCCCAGAGCGUCGUGAUGCUCUCCCCAACCGCCCCGGAGCGUCGCGAUGCUCUCCCCGGACGACCCAGAGCGUCGCGAUGCUCUCCCCGGACGCCCCAGAGCGUCGCGAUGCUCUCCCCGGACGCCCCAGAGCGUCGCGAUGCUCUCCCCGCAUGCCCCAGAGCGUCGCGAUGCUCUCCCCGGACGCCCCAGAGCGUCGCGAUUCUCUCCGCGGACGCCCCAGAGCGUCGCGAUGCUCUCCUCGGACGCCCCAGAGCGUCGCGAUGCUCUCCCCAGACGCCCCAGAGCGUCGCGAUGUUCUUCCCGGACGCCCCAGAGCAUUGCGAUACUCUCCCCAGCCGCCCCGGAGCAUCGCGAUGCUCUCCCCGGACGCCCCAGAGCGUCGCGAUGCUCUCCGCGGACGCCCCAGAGCAUCGCGAUGCUCUCCCCGGACGCUUCAGAGCGUCGGGAUGCUCUCCCCGGACGCCCCAGAGCGUCGCGAUGCUCUCCCCAACCGCCCCGGAGCGUCGCGAUGCUCUCCCCGGACGCCCCAGAGCGUCGCGAUGCUCUCCCCGGACGCCCAAGAGCAUCGCGAUGCUCUCCCCAGCCGCCCUAGAGCGUCGAUGCUCUCCCCGGACGCCCUAGAGCGUCGCGAUGCUCUCCCCCGGACGACCCAGAGAGCAGUGAUGCUCUCCCUGGACGCCCCAGAGCGUCGCGAUGCUCUCCCCGGACGCCCCAGAGCGUCGCGAUGCUCUCCCUGGACGCCCCAGAGCAUCCAAUGCUCUUCCCAGCCGCCCUGGAGCAUCGCGAUGCUCUCCCCGGACGCCCCAGAGCGUCGUGAUGCUCUCCCCGGACGCCCCAGAGCAUCACGAUGCUCUCCCCGAACGCCCCAGAGCGUCGUGAUGCUCUCCCCGGACGCCCCAGAGCGUCGCGAUGCUCUCCCCAGCUGCCCCAGAGCGUCGCGAUGCUCUCCCCGGACGCCCCAGGGCGUCGCAAUGCUCUCCCCGGACGCCCCAGAGCGUCGCGAUGUCUCCCCGGACGCCCCAGAGCGUCGCGAUGCUGUCCCCGGACGCCCCAGAGCGUUGCGAUGCUCUCCCCGGACGCCCCAGAGCAUCCAAUGCUCUCCCCAGCCGCCCCGAAGCAUCGCGAUGCUCUCCCUGGACGCCCCAGAGCUUCGCGAUGCUCUCCCCGGACGCCCCAGAGCAUCGCGAUGCUCUCCCCGGACGCCCCAGAGCGUCGUGAUGCUCUCCCCGGACGCCCCAGAGCGUGGCGAUGCUCUCCCCGCCGCCCAGAGCGACGCGAUGCUCUCCUCUGACGCCCUAGAGCGUCACGAUGCUCUCCCCGGACGACUCAGAGCGUCGCGAUGCUCUCUCCGGACGCCCCAGAGCGUCGCGAUGCUCUCCCCGGACGCCCCACAGCAGCGUCGCGAUGCUCUCCCCAGACGCCCCAGAGCGUCGCGAUGCUCUCCCCGGACGCCCCAGAGCGUCGCGAUGCUCUCCCCGCAUGCCCCAGAGCGUCGCGAUGUCUCCCCGGACGCCCCAGAGCGUCGCGAUGCUGUCCCCGGACGCCCCAGAGCGUUGCGAUGCUCUCCCCGGACGCCCCAGAGCAUCCAAUGCUCUCCCCAGCCGCCCCGGAGCAUCGCGAUGCUCUCCCUGGACGCCCCAGAGCGUCGCGAUGCUCUCCACGGACGCCCCAGAGCAUCGCGAUGCUCUCCCCGGACGCCCCAGAGCGUCGUGAUGCUCUCCCCGGACGCCCCAGAGCGUGGCGAUGCUCUCCCCGCCGCCCAGAGCGACGCGAUGCUCUCCUCUGACGCCCUAGAGCGUCACGAUGCUCUCCCCGGACGCCUCAGAACGUCCCGAUGCUCUCCCCGGACGCCCCAGAGCGUCGCGAUGCUCUCCCCGGACGCCCCACAGCGUAGCGAUGCUCUCCCCGGACGCCCCAGAGCAUCGCGAUGCUCUCCCCAGCCGCCCCGGAGCAUCGCGAUGCUCUCCCCAACCGCCCCAGAGCGUUGCGAUGCUCUCCCCGGACGCCCCAGAGCGUCGCGAUGCUCUCCCCGGACGCCCCAAAGCGUCGCGAUGCUCUCCCCGGACGCCCCAGAGCGUCGCGAUGCUCUCCCCGGACGCCCCAGAGCGUCGCGAUUCUCUCCGCGGACGCCCCAGAGCGUCGCGAUGCUCUCCUCGGACGCCCCAGAGCGUCGCGAUGCUCUCCCCAGACGCCCCAGAGCGUCGCGAUGUUCUUCCCGGACGCCCCAGAGCAUUGCGAUACUCUCCCCAGCCGCCCCGGAGCAUCGCGAUGCUCUCCCCGGACGCCCCAGAGCGUCGCGAUGCUCUCCGCGGACGCCCCAGAGCAUCGCGAUGCUCUCCCCGGACGCUUCAGAGCGUCGGGAUGCUCUCCCCGGACGCCCCAGAGCGUCGCGAUGCUCUCCCCAACCGCCCCGGAGCGUCGCGAUGCUCUCCCCGGACGCCCCAGAGCGUCGCGAUGCUAUCCCCGGACGCCCCAGAGCGUCGCGAUGCUCUCCCCGGACGCCCCAGAGCGUUGCGAUGCUCUCCCCGCAUGCCCCAGAGCGUCGCGAUGCUCUCCCCGGACGCCCCAGAGCGUCGCGAUGCUCUCCCCGGAUGCCCCAGAGCGUCGCGAUGCUCUCCCCGAACGCCCCAGAGCGUCGGGAUGCUCUCCCCGGACGCCCUAGAGCAUCGAGAUGCUCUCCCCGGACGCCCCAGAGCGUCGCGAUGCUCUCCCCGGACGCCCCAGAGCGUCGCGAUGCUCUCCCCAGCUGCCCCAGAGCGUCGCGAUACUCUCUCCGGACGCCCCAGAGCGUCGCUAUGCUCUCUCCGGACGCCCCAGAGCGUCGCGAUGCUCUCCCCGGACGCCCCAGAGCGUCGCGAUGCUCUCCUCGGACGCCCCAGAGCGUCGCGAUGCUCUCCCCGGACGCCCCAGAGCAUCCAAUGCUCUCCCCAGCCGCCGCGGAGCGUCGCGAUGCUCUCCUCGGACGCCCCAGAGCGUCGCGAUGCUCUCCUCGGACGCCCCAGAGCAUCACGAUGCUCUCCCCAGCCGCCCUGGAGCAUCGCGAUGCUCUCUCUGGACGCCCCAGAGCAUCGCGAUGCUCUCCCUUGACGCCCCAGAGCGUUGCGAUGCUCUCCCCGGACGCCCCAGAUCAUCGCGAUGCUCUCCCCGGACGCCCCAGAGCGUCGCGAUUCUCUCCGCGGACGCCCCAGAGCGUCGCGAUGCUCUUCCCGGACGCCCCAGAGCGUCGCGAUGCUCUCCCCGGACUCCCCAGAGCGUCGCGAUGUUCUCCCCGGACGCCCCAGAGCAUCGCGAUACUCUCCCCAGCCGCCCCGGAGCAUCGCGAUGCUCUCCUCGGACGCCCUAGAGCGUCGCGAUGCUCUCCCCGGACGCCGCAGAGCAUCGCGAUGCUCUCCCCAGCCGCCCCGGAGCAUCGCGAUGCUCUCUCCGGACGCCCCAGAGCGUUGCGAUGCUCUCCGCGGACGCCCCAGAGCGUCGCGAUGCUCUCCCCAGCUGCCCCAGAGCGUUGCGAUGCUCUCCCCGGACGCCCCAGAGCGUCGCGAUGCUCUCCCCGGACGCCCCAGAGCGUCGCGAUGCUCUCCCCGAACGCCCCAGAGCGUCGCGAUGCUCUCCCCAUCCGCCCCGGAGCGUCGCGAUGCUCUCCCAAGACGCCCUAG